AUGGCUAAGCCCCGGGAUACUGAAGAACAGAUGCCGACCGCAGAAGUAGCUUCGGUCCCUGGAGCAACACAAGCUACUGUCCCCGCGGCAGAUCUCUCUAGCCAAUUGCAACCCCCAGAGGUCUGGGCGAGUCUGGAGGUUUCAGAGGAUGAGAACGACUCGUCGUUUGGCGGAGACAUAGCUAGCUCUACGGAGUCUGUCAGAUCGAGCAUCUUGCAAUACCGCGAACUUAACGGGCGCACAUACCACCGCGAGCGCACGGAAGGCACUUACUGGGGUCCUAAUGACGACCGCCAGAACAAUACGCUUGACGUUGGACAUCAUGCACUCACCAUGAUAAUGGGUGACAAACUCUACCACGCACCUUUGCCAGACCAUAUGGACAAAGUCCUGGAUAUUGGUACAGGAACUGGCAUUUGGGCAAUCGACUUUGCAGACGAGCACCCUGAGGCGAACGUCAUCGGAACCGAUCUGUCUCCAAUCCAGCCAGAAUGGGUUCCGCCCAAUUUGUCCUUCCAAAUCGAUGACUUCACGGAUUCGUGGACGUUUGAGGACAGCUCAGUCGACUUCGUACACUUACGCUGGUUAUGCGGCUCCGUAAAGAACUGGACAGAGCUUUUCAAACAGGCCUACAGGGUGCUUAAACCCGGUGGCUACAUCGAAACCUUUGACUUUGACGGCCACAUCACGUCGGAUGACGGUACCGUAACAGAAAAGACGGCGAUAUCACAAUGGAGUCAAAUUUUUGAAGGAGGAGCCCGGAAGCUGGGCAUGAACGUUUCUUUCAAUCCUAUAAAGGAAGGCUUGCAGCAUAAGGCUCUUGUUGAAGCGGGCUUUGUCAAUAUUACCGAGAAGGCGUACAAGCUCCCCAUUUCGGAAUGGUCAGAUGACCCGCUACUGCACGAAGUUGGCCGGUACAUGUAUGUUACCCUGGCCAAUGAUACCGAGGGCUUUGUAGGCAUGAUGGCCACCUCGCUUGGAUGGACCCCCGAGCAGAUUAGCGUGUACGCAGCCCAUGUCCGUCGGGAGAUGCGAGGGCUGAAGGUGCAUGCCUACAUCUACGGCGGUCUGGCCUACGCGCAGAAGCCGUUAGAUGCAUAG